AUGACAAAAUGUCUCUUACGGCUCCCGUCUCGUUCCUUGUCAAACAAGGACCAGUUAAAUACGAUCCAGCUGACCCCAUUGCAAAAGGUUCUGUUGAAUGUGGGCAGUGGGAUCGGUGUGUUUUUUGAUCCCCGUCGUGCUGAUUUGCUUUCCACUUUUGGUGAGGUUACUGGUGCUCCCGCUCUGCGCUAUAUGCGCCAAAAAAUGCUUCAAGACCCUCACUAUUCUCCAGACGAACGCCACAUUGUGCGGUUCAUCGAGGAUCCCGAGCUGGCUUAUGUAAUGCAACGAUAUCGAGAGAUUCAUGAUUUGGUGCACACUCUGCUGGAACAACCAACCGAUAUGCUGGGAGAAGUCGUAGUCAAAUGGGUCGAGGGGUUACAAAAUCGACUCCCAAUGUGUAUAACUGGAGGCAUGUUUGGAUCCCUCAGACUGGCUCCUAAACAAACAAAAAACUAUCUGAACAAUCAUUUGGACUAUGCGUUGCGUGUCGGUCUGCACGGGCACUUCUUGAUGAACGUCUACUUCGAGGAGCAUUGGGCCGACGAUAUGGCUACGUUCCGGACCUCGUUAAACAUUCCCGCACCACCUAAACGUCUUCCAAAGAAUAAGUUCAAACAGAAGAAAGCUGGCGAAUAG